AUGCACGCGUCGGAGGUCUUUGCGCUUUACAGGUCCCAUAUUCGCCAGACACGUUCUCUUCCGCAUCAUUACUUGCGUCAGUUCUUCAGUCUUCGUGCGGCCGACGAUUUCCGCAAGGUCCUGCAAACAAAGGAUGUUACUUUAAGGCGCAAAAAAGUGAAGCGGCUCUCUAAGGGCUUGAAAACUCUUACCGCUGCCAACGGUGGAGACUAUAACGCAUUCAAUCGUAUCCUUGAUGUGGCUUAUGGUAGAAUAGGGCGUCUACGGUGGGAGUUGAUGCAACCAUGGAUAGAUCAGGACUAUCCCAACCCUCCAGCGCCGAUCAUCGCUGGCAAAGAGAAGUCUCGACCACCUGUUUUCUCGCCCGCACUUCGGGCCUUACAACUUUCGAACGUUUCGCGCAAAACGAGACCUUUGACCGCUAACGACAUCAAGACACCACCUACUUUACCGGAACACGCAAAUCCACAGAGCGAGGAUGCUCUCUUUCUGGGACCUUUUAGCAAGAGGCGGGAAGUGAACCUGCGUUGGCGAUACUUUACUCGCGAAUCCAAGAAGAUAUAUCCACCACUGGAAGUGGCAGUUGAAGGCGAAGACCCUAGUGCUGUUAGGACAGGUACAGGCUUAGAAGGAACUGGUAUCCUACAGGAAGCUAUUGCCUUGGCCACAUGGCCCCAAGAAGCAUUCUCGGCCUCGUCGAACCAUUCCCCAAGGCCCUUGCCUUUCGAUGGACAUCUUCCCAUUCGCUGGUUACGGAGACGAUACCAAGAACUGCUCAAACGUAUGCCCGUUAUCUCGUACCUCCCUGGUCAGAACUCGCCUACGCCGAGGUGGACAGUAUCUCCCAGCCACCCCGGACUACAAACUAUCAACGCACCCAUACUGCCGGCAGUGCACCGUCAGUGGAUUGACUUUGCGCGUUCCGUUGAGAUGAAAGAGACGAAUGCGAAUUCGCAGGGGACGGUGAAGGGAAAGGCAAUACGUAGGGAACAAACAUUAUAA